CAACCAUCUCCCUUGUCCCGUUCAUAACGCAGACACGGCUAUUCAAAUGAGCUGGGACCUGGACACGUUCAUUGAGCGUCUCUAUCGCAAGCAGCUUUUAUCAGAAGGUGUCGUAAAGGAGCUUUGUGAAAAAACCAAGGAGAUCCUCGUUCGCGAAGGAAACGUCGCGCAGGUCUCGGCGCCAGUAACGCUUGUCGGCGACGUACACGGUCAAUUUUACGAUGUGUUGGAGAUCUUCAAGAUUGGUGGAUGGGCACCAUUCACAAACUACGUUUUUCUGGGGGACUAUGUGGACAGAGGAUAUUAUUCUGUGGAAACCAUCACGCUCCUCACAUGCCUAAAACUUAGAUGGCCGGAUAGGAUCACAUUAGUGAGAGGAAAUCACGAGUCCCGAGCCGUGACACAGACCUAUGGAUUUUACACGGAAUGCAUGCGAAAGUACGGAAAUGCCAAUGUGUGGACGUAUUUUACGGAUUUGUUUGAUUACUUGGUAUUGUCAGUCGUGAUUGACGAUACGAUUUUCUGCGUGCAUGGAGGAUUGAGCCCUUCCAUACAUACCAUCGAUCAAAUCCGAGUAAUAGAUAGGUUCCGAGAAAUUCCCCACGAAGGGGCAAUGGCCGAUCUGGUAUGGUCAGAUCCAAUAUCCACACCUAGCUUUGCAUCCUUGGGAGGAGGGACGGACGAAAAAGGCGACUUUGCCAUUUCUCCACGCGGAGCUGGGUAUCUAUUUGGGAAGGAGGUUACACGAAAGUUUCUGGAAGUGAAUGGGAUGGGGCAUAUUUGUAGGGCACAUCAAUUGUGUAUGGAAGGCUACCAGAUUCUGUUCGACGAUAUGCUCUCAACGGUAUGGUCAGCGCCAAACUACUGCUAUCGCGCGGGAAAUAUGGCGUCCGUUUUGGAAAUUGGACCAGAGCUCCGUCGCUAUUUUAAUGUCUUUGGACCCUGUCCGGACCAAGAUCGGGAUGCACCAGGACGGGAUGCCCCCGGGUCCUCUGGGGAUUUAACGGCGCAUUAUCCAGAGACGGGUGAUGAGGAAGGAGCGGGUGGGAACCAAUGGCGACGAAAGAAGGCAGCACGGAAACUGGUGCCAGGUGCAUUGCGAGAUCCUUUAGAGAUUGAUGACUCGGAGCUAACGGCGGUGACUGGGGGAGGAAUAACAAAGGUUGUCGCAGAGUACUUUCUGUAGACUGGAAGUAACUCUAGAAUUCAUUCAGAGUGACAGAUAGGAUUGGCGAAUAAAUUAGAUUUGAUUUCAUGGGUACUGGUACCAAGCCGUUGUCCGGUCCACCUGGUGAUUUAUCUAUUGAUUGCAUAUAGCGACAUUAAACCUAUUAGUCCGUUUGAAUAUAAAGAUGCCUCAGAUAAUGAGUGCCUCUGGUUUUAUGCCUGA